AUGGCCCCUGAGCUCUCAUCAAAUUGGAAGAAACUCCAGGCCAAGAUCAAGGCAGAAUCGGCGGCCCCGAAGCAGGCCCCUAAAAGGAAGUCAAUAGAGGACGUAUCGCCACCAGAAGCGAAGAGUCAAGCCAAAAAGAGACCGAAGACGGCGCAGCCACUGCAGGGCAGCCAAUCGACCAAAAGGCCCGCACCGGCGACGAGCAACGCUCCUCCUGCCAGGAGUAGUAAGAACCGCGCCAGGUCAUCCAGCAUGGGCGUUUCUCAAAGCUCCAAAAUCACAUCUGCCGUCGCCCCGACCACCAUCUCACCCUCGCUCGCGGUGUGGGCCCAGGACAACGACUUGUCUCCUGAACGCGUCGCAGAGGCAUACGGCCUGGGCCUCAAGGCAACAACCGCUUCCGGCACCACCGCCACCGGCUCGGGAACGCAGGCCCGUCCCAACGCAGGCCUCACCCCGGGUCUCCAGCUGGGCAAGUAUGUGGGCAUCGACUGCGAGAUGGUCGGCAUCGGCCCGGGUGGGCACGAGUCCAUCCUCGCGCGCGUCUCGGUAGUCGACUUUCACGGAAACCAGGUUUACGACUCGCUGGUGCGUCCGAAACCGGGAGUCGUCGUCACCGACUGGCGCACGCACGUGAGCGGCGUGAGCGCGCGGGACAUGCGACUCGCGCGGGACUUUGACGAGGUGCACACCCAGGUCGCGGAGCUGCUGCGCGGGAGGAUAGUGGUCGGCCACGACAUUAGGCACGAUCUGGCCGUGCUGGAGCUCGGGCACCCGCUGAAGGACAUCCGGGACACAGCCAGGUUCUCGGGGUUUCGGAAGUACGGCAACGGACCCAAGCCGGCGAUGCGCAUCCUGGCUAAGGAAAUCCUGGGCUUAGACAUACAAGACGGCCAGCACUCUAGCGUGGAGGAUGCGAGGGUGGCUAUGCUGUUGUUUCGCAGGCACAAGCCUCAGUUCGAUGUAGAGCAUAUGAACCGGUACCCGGAUGCCAGCGGUGGUAGUGCACAGAAAGGUUCUGCAUCGAAUAAAAAGACAACGAAGAAGAAGCGGAAAAACUGA